GGCUGCCAAAGUGCCAGUCCAGAGUUCCCCGUCGCUGCGUUCAGGCAGCCGCCGGCAACCAGUGAAUGCGUCCGCGUCCCAUCGCGCAGAAGGAAGCAGAGACCAGCGUCCGGCCGCCACCUCCCUACCCGACCUCUCCCCCCCAUCGGCGGCAGCCACUCGCUCGCCGUCGCCGGCGCGGCGCCACCGCUGUCGCAGCCCACUCCCGCCCAGCGUUGCCGCAAGCAGAGGAGGAGCGCCAACGCGUCUGGCGAUACUUCCUAUGCGCCACCGUCGCCAGCGAAUCACACGGCAGCAGUAGCGCGAGGGAGGAUCAGAGGCAGUCUCUCAGGCCGAAAGAUUCGGAUCGAUGGAGAUCCGCGCCCGAGCGCCCGGCAAGAUCAUCCUCGCCGGGGAGCACGCCGUCGUCCACGGCUCCGCCGCCGUCGCCGCCGCCAUCGACCUCUACACGCAGUCCUCCCUCCACCUGCCCCUACCAGGGGAGGACGGCGCCGGCGAAGUGGAGGUUGAUCUGACGGACUCGGGCCUCGCCUUCUCCUGGCCAUGCUCGCGCCUCCUCGAGGCGCUGGGGGAAACCUGCCGCAAGGCGGAGCUGCAGGCCCCGAGGCCCUGCUCCCCGGAGGAGCUGGCCGCCAUUGCCAGGCUCGUGGAGCUGCACGAGAUACCCGAGGCCAAGAUCUGGCUUUCCGCCGGCCUCUCCGCGUUCCUUUACCUCUACACCUCCAUCCUGGGGUGUAGGCCUGGGAAGGUCGUGGUGAGCUCGGGCCUGCCGAUGGGCGCCGGGCUUGGUUCAUCGGCUGCAUUCUCUGUGUCCUUGUCAGGCGCGCUGUUGAUGGCGGCGGGCGUGGUUUGUGCUGAGGGUGCCGUCGCCGGAACAGAGUGGCAGUUGUUGGGGAAGGAUCAUCUUGAGCUGGUUAACACGUGGGCGUUCCAAGGGGAAAAGAUUAUUCAUGGCAAGCCUUCUGGCAUUGACAACGCUGUCAGCACUUUUGGAAGCAUGAUCAAAUUCAAGAAGGGAGAAUUGACGAACCUCAAAUCUGGCAAUCCAGUCAAAAUGCUCAUUACUGAUACAAGGGUUGGUAGGAACACCAAGGCUCUGGUUGCUGGUGUGUCUGAAAGAGCAUCUAGGCACCCCGAUGCUAUGGCUUCCGUUUUCCAUGCAGUGGACACUAUAAGUGAAGAGCUUUCCAGCAUUGUCGAGCUAGCUGCUACUGAUGAGAUAGCCAUGACCUCAAAGGAAGAAAAGCUAGCAGAACUCAUGGAGAUGAACCAAGGUUUGCUCCAGUGCAUGGGAGUCAGCCAUUCUUCUAUAGAAACCGUGUUGCGCUCGACAUUGAAAUAUAACUUGGUCUCAAAGCUCACCGGAGCUGGUGGUGGAGGCUGUGUUUUGACGUUGAUACCAACUCUGUUGUCCAAGUUAGUUUUGGAGAAGGUCACCACUGAGCUAGAAUCGCAUGGUUUCCGCUGCUUCAAAGUCGAGGUUGGUGGACAAGGGCUUCAGCUUCACCAAGGAUAAGACGGUCCUCCUCCUGCUUCAGUGGAGAUGUUGUACACUAUUUUUAGGUUUUGCUUGACCUAUUGAGAUCAUGGCAUUCUUCCUAUUUUGUGCCUAGCAGAUCACUCACUGUAUCAUCAAUAAGCUGCUUUUCAGUCGGAUGAUUGUUGUUGUAUCAAAUCAAUAAAAAAUGUCACAUAGAUGGGGUUGGAAUAUUUGAGAUACCAGGUUGCAUCUCAUUCUCAUCUGUUGUAUCAUUACCAAAGCUGUAUACAGUUGAGCCAUUGGAGUAA